AUGAAUUCGGUGCCGAUUGUUUUAAAUAAAGCUGCGAUGCGGAAGUAUGAGGAUCUUGAAGUACCUUGCGAUGCUAUUUUAGCAACAUACGUCUGGGUGGACGGUUCCGGGAUUAACAUGCGCUCCAAGGACAGAACAUUUGACUUUCUACCCAAAACGCAUAAAGAUUUGCCAAUUUGGUAUUAUGAUGGCAGUAAUACAGCACAAGCUAAUCCUGAAAACUCAGACACGUUCAUUUUCCCUGAAGUGAUUUAUCACGAUCCAUUUCGACGUGGCAGUCACAUUAUAGUACUAUCUGAUACGUAUCAGAACAACUACGAACCUACACAGACAAACUAUCGAAAAAAUUGCGUAAUGUUGUGCGAGAAGGGUGACGUGGAAGAACCUUGGUUUGGAUUUAAUCAAGAAUUUUUCUUUACUACAACCGACGGUAGGCCACUUGGUUGGCCCCCCGGGGGAUACCCCGCCCCACCAGGCCCUUAUUAUUGCGCUAUCGGGGCCAACAAAAUAGUAGCAAGAGAUUUAAUGGAAGCGUUUUUUCGAUGCUGUCUUUUUGCGGGUGUUAAAAUUAAUGGAAUUAACCCUGGGGCAACUCCUUCACAAUGGAAUUUUCAGGUCGGCCCAAGUCCAGGUAUACGUUCAGCUGAUGAUUUAUGGAUGGCACGCUAUAUUCUAUCAAGAUUGGCUGAAGAGUACGGUGUUGUAGCCAGUUUUGACCCUCAGCCUGUACCGGACUGGCCAGGCAACGGCACAUUUGUUUAUUUCUCUACCAAAGAUAUGAGGGAAGAAGAUGGUAUUUUAGUAAUUGAGCGAGCAAUAGAUAAAUUAGCGCGACGUCAUGGCGUCCAUAUUAAUGAGUAUGACGCUAAUAAUGGAGCCGAUAAUGCAUGUCGACUUACUGGAAAACACGGAAUGCCCCAUAUAAGAGAUUUUACCGCUGGUGUUGCUAAUCGCAAUUGUGCUGUUAGGAUACCCCGUCAAGUGUCAGAAGACAAACGAGGUUAUCUUGAAGACCGGCGCCCCGCUGCUAAUGCUGACCCAUAUCGUGUUACAUCUAUUUUACUAAAGACUUGUGUAUUUGACGAAUAA